AUGAGCACGGAUUCUGAAUUGCAAGCCAAACAUAAUGCUGCCGUCGAGUGUUUUAAAGACGCCGAAUGGGCCGAGGAAACUGCUCUGAAGAAAAGGAAUGAGAAACAGGCCUUAGCACAAGAAACACAGAAGGGCACCAAAGAGUAUUAUUUCGCUUGGGCGGAGGUGUGGAAUGCAGAAGUAGUUCUUCUUGAAAAGAUUGAACAAAGAUGUGGUGCUGCGUUUACAAGAAAUUCGUGCUAUGCAGACUGCAUGAAAUACAGGCGCGGAUCUGACUCCAAGGAAGCACAAAUAGCCCAGCAUCGUGCGGAGUUGGCUCGCACAAUGGAGUUUAUUGACACCCAUUACCCUCUAUAUUGGAUAAAAUGGGAUAAGUUGGAUAACAUAGCUCUAUUUGUGUAUUAUCAUCUUAAGGCAGAAGGUUAUGUCAAGAUUGCAGAUGAUCUCGAAAGGGCACAAGAUAUGUUUUGUAAGCUUAUAUACAGAGAAUCCAAUGGUAAAACCCUUUCCAGGGCUUGGCAUGCAGCUGUUGAAGCGUUGGAUGAAUGGGAGCAGAACGAUAAUCGUGCAGCCUGGGAUAAGGCCAAACAGGUGUACGACUCCGCACUAGCCAAGUGGAAUCAUUUCAAACCCAAGGGUGAACAAUACGCGGAAGAAUUACAGGUUAAAAUAUGUCAAUAUGUGAACCUCUCUUCACCAGUGUACGCUAUUGUAAGUCAGUGGGAGAGUAGUGCGUUGAAUGAUGCGUUGGACCAGAAAAGUCAAAUGAUUGCUGAUUUAAAUGAUCAACUGGACGAGAAGGAUCAACAGAUCGCUGCGUUGAAGAAUGAACUGCACCAAAAGAGUCAAGAAAAUAAAGAAAAAGAUCGAGAAAAUAGAUACUUGCGUGGACGAAUAAGUGAACUCGAGAGGAAGGUUAAAGAAUUCAAUGUUCUUGAACGUGACAUACUAGGGGAAGAGUGA